GACCGAGGGCUCGCGUUCGCGUUCCCCCUUCCAAACCCGCUCCCGUUUCGGAGUCGACGCUGUGCGGCCAACAUUUCGACACCCUUCUCUCCACACCAUCCACUCGUUCUCCUCCCCCACCCUUCUCCUCGCCAUCUGCCCCAAACCCUCGAGAAUUCGAGGGAGAUUCCGGCGAACGCAUCGAAACCCUCGCGUUCUCGGAUCCCGAAGCGGCUUCCUUUUCCUUCCGAUCGGCGUGGUUCCUCGGCUCUCGCUGCGGUUCCCCGCCUACUAGAUGGGGUGAGGAAGAGGUUCGAUCUAGAUUAGGCGGCGCGCGCUGGAUGGAGUGGGACAGUGAUUCCGAGGGCCCGAGCGACGGCGAGGAGGAGGGCUUCCUGCUGAGCGGCGGCGCGGGGGCGUUCUCGUUCGCGGUGGAGGGCAUGCUACGGCCGGCGUCGUCGUGCGGGUUGGUGGUUUCCGAUGCGCUUGAGCCUGACUACCCGAUCAUCUAUGUCAACCGGGGCUUCGAGGAGGCCAGCGGCUAUCGCGCCGAGGAGGUGCUUGGAAGGAACUGCCGGUUCUUGCAAUGCAGAGGACCAUUUGCUCAAAGGCGGCAUCCUUUAGUAGAUGCCACUGUAGUUUCUGAGAUACGGAAGUGCCUUGAGGAGGGAAUUGAAUUCCAAGGUGAUCUAUUGAAUUUUAGGAAGGAUGGUUCUCCAUUGAUGAAUAGGCUUCAGCUAACACCAAUUUAUGGGGAUGAUGAUAUCAUAACUCAUUAUAUAGCCAUUCAGUUCUUCACUGACACAAAUGUUGAAUUGGGACCUCUACUUAGUUCUACCGUUAAGGAAUCUGCCAGACCUGAUCGUUUGAUAGCUAGUUAUGUGGUCCAACCUAUUUCAGCUGGUCAUGGACUUAUCUGUCGUGAACUUUGUAGCAUGUUGCAACUGAGUGACGAGGUCUUGUGUCAGAAAAUAUUUUCAAGGUUGUCUCCAAGAGAUAUUGCAUCUGUUGGUUCUGUAUGCAUGAGGCUGUAUGAACUUACAAAGAAUGAGGAUCUCUGGAAAAUGGUUUGUCAGAAUGCAUGGGGCAGUGAAACUACUCGUGCAUUAGAAACUGUUCCAGGAGCUAAAAGACUUGGUUGGGGAAGACUUGCAAGAGAACUAACCACCCUAGAAGCUGCUGCAUGGAGGAAAUUGAGAGUUGGAGGUGCUGUGGAGCCAUCUCGUUGUAACUUUAGUGCUUGUGCAGUUGGGAAUCGGGUUUUUCUUUUUGGUGGAGAAGGUGUUAAUAUGCAACCAAUGAAUGAUACAUUUGUUUUGGAUCUGAAUGCCAGUAACCCGGAGUGGCGGCAUGUCAAAGUAACCUCUGCACCUCCUGGUAGAUGGGGUCACACAUUAUCUUGCUUAAAUGGAUCUUGGUUGGUUGUGUUUGGUGGUUGUGGUACCCAGGGCUUGCUCAAUGAUGUCUUCAUCCUAGACUUGGAUGCCCAAUUUCCAGCAUGGCGUGAGAUAUCUGGACUUGCACCUCCCAUGCCCAGGUCAUGGCAUAGUUCUUGCACUCUUGAUGACACAAAGUUGGUGGUUUCAGGUGGGUGUGCUGAUUCUGGAGUACUUCUCAGUGACACUCACCUAUUGGACGUCACAAUGGAGAAACCUGUAUGGAGGGAGAUCCCAGCCUCAUGGACACCACCUUCCAGAUUAGGGCACUCUCUGUCAGUGUACGAUGGGCGUAAAAUUCUGAUGUUUGGUGGUCUGGCUAAGAGUGGGCCCCUUCGACUUCGAUCUAGUGACGUGUUCACCAUGGACUUGAGCGAGGAAGAACCCUGUUGGAGGUGUAUUACAGGUAGUGGAAUGCCUGGUGCUGGGAAUCCAGCUGGAAUUGGUCCACCACCCCGCCUUGAUCAUGUGGCUGUUAGCCUUCCUGGAGGGAGAAUCUUGAUAUUCGGAGGAUCUGUGGCUGGUCUUCACUCAGCUUCCCAACUUUAUCUUCUGGACCCAACCGAAGAGAAACCAACAUGGAGGAUACUGAAUGUACCUGGUUCUCCACCUCGAUUUGCUUGGGGCCAUAGUACAUGUGUUGUUGGAGGAACAAGAGCAAUAGUACUUGGUGGCCAAACUGGAGAAGAGUGGAUGUUGAGCGAGUUAUACGAGCUGUCUUUAGCGAGCUCAAUUAUUUAACAAGGGAAAGAUAUCCGAUUUGCUUCUGCUAAUAUCAAAGCAUAUAUGCUACUUUCCAUGGAGGAAACAAUGACCAUAUCUUGUCUGCUUUUGGAGAUCUAUAGAUAUUCCAGCAGAAGAUGUAGACCUGAUUAGCGAUAUAUUCUUGCUUGUUUCUUGCCUGGACAUUCAAAGAUCAGUUCCUCUAUACCUUUUGUCAUCCUUAUCUGGGAUUUCUACCUUAGAUGUAACAUCCAGAAGGUACUAGCAAAGUUUACUAUUUUCUUUCUUUAAAUAUCUUGCUUCUGGCAAGAAAUUGUAAUAGGAAAUCAAAGGGGUUGCCUGUAUAUGGAGUAUUCUAUUACAUAUUUGCCGCUUGA